UUUUCGUACAUACAUGAUCACGAAGCCUGUUGGUCAUUGAUCAGGGCAGGCCGGGUCUGUCUCUGUCCGGGUGGAGCUGCGGCGCAUGGCCGGAUCCAGGCUCCAAGGCAGCCAAGGGUGGCAUGAUCAUUGCAUCCAUCGACUAGCGAACUCUUGCCGAACUUCAAAACAGCCAACGACCAAAGCCGGACCACGUUUGGCUUGACGAUGAUUACAACCCGGUUCCUGGCGAAAUCCCAGUUCUAGACCACACUCGAUCUUCUCGCUUCGUGUUCUCGUCGACUCCAUCAAUCAAGAUGGGCAGUCAUGCGGAUUGGAGGUCCGCCAGUGGGAUAGCUACAAGCUUACUUGACGGGAAUCCGAUUGCCAUUGCCGUCACUUUUUUCAUUGCCUUCGGGUUACCGGUCUUACUGCACCUGAUAUUCUACCGGACUGUAGCGACUCCACCGUCCAGCAAUUUUCUGCUCCUUGGGCCGAGUGGAGCAGGCAAGACUGCUCUUCUGUCCCUGCUCGAAGCGAAAUCGUCUCCCCGUACGAAGAAAUCCCCCGCUACGCAUACGUCCCAGACCUCUACCUUUGCCACGGUCAGCCUUCCUGCUUCCGUCCCCACCGCUUCGAACCGGUACCGGUCUGUGAAUGAUCCCUCCCUGAAAGAUGUUUCACGGAAUCCUCUCAAGUACCGCGUGAGGGAUACCCCUGGCCAUGGGAAACUCCGCGAGUCGCAGGGACUCUCGGAGCUCCGCUCCAUGUCGUCCUCAAAGGACAACAAGUCCAAGGUGCGCGGUGUUUUGUUUCUGGUCGACACGGCGGCCAUUUCGGAGGCCGAUGCACUACAUGAUACGGCUUCCUAUCUGUACGAUGUGCUCCUGAUGCUUCAGAACCGUGCCCUGAAGAAGGGAAGGUCCUCGAUGAAGGCGGCCUCGGAAAUAUCCGUUCUUGUCGCGGCCAACAAGCAGGAUCUCUUCACAGCCUUGCCGCCGAGAUCGGUGGGAGAGAAGUUGGAGGAUGAGAUUGACAGAAUCCGGAAGUCCAAGAGUAAGGGGAUCAUGGAUGCGAGUGCUGAUCAGGGCGUCGAAGAGGAUGAGGAUGAUAUUCUGGGAAGCAGCGAUGUCCGAACUCCCUUCAGCUUUAAACUUCUGCACGACGAAGUGGGUGUGAAGGUUGACGUUGUUGGGGGAGCUGUCAAGGGUGACGAGGAGGGCAAUAUUGGAGCUGGUGCCAGGGAAUGGGAAAACUGGAUCGGCCAGUGUCUUUGAUUGGUCUUGGGCGGGGUUGUAUGUUGCUGUGUAUGGAGAAAAUGUGUGAAUAAGUGAAUGAAUUAACCGCAUGAUAAUGAAUUCAAAACUCUUUCAUGUUUAUGCAUAU